CCUAAUUCUCCAACGUUUUUUAUCAUAACUGAACUUGCUCAAAUAAAUUUAAAAAAAAAUCUCUAAUUUAAUGCCCCACUUUAAAUUUUUUUCCCCUCCCUCAACCUGCCUGAGUCUUCAAUUCCUCGAGAGACUCCAGGACAAUCCUGGAGGGUUGGCAACCCUAGACUUGGGGGUGGUGGGGAAUGAUCCAUAGAGAGAGGGUGGGAAUGGAUGGUGGGUGGAGAGAAGGCUGGUGUAUCGGGGAAAUGGGAGUGUGCUGGGGUCUCUGGUAUCUGACACCGGUGUGAGGGAGCACUGAAUUCACCUGGUGUCACUCUGCCUCUCCAUGUUGGGUUCUGGCUGAGAAUCAGAAGUGGAGGUGGCGGAUUAUACCGAAGAUUAAUCCCAGAGGCACUGCUUCAUGUUAAACCAGGAUCGUGGGAUGAGAUUGAACGGUGCCGUGGAAAUGAUUCUUUCAGACUAUCUCUUUGACCAAGCUUUUGGUCACCUGUCUUUCUGAAUUUUAAAUUUUAUCUGAUGUUCACUUUUCUGGAGCAGUAUACAAUGUUUUACUCCCAUUUGCUAAAUGUACAACGAUCUUCAUGUGUUUGAACUUCAGGAACCAACACGUGCCAUAGAAUGGAUUCAGGAUAAAAGUAUCUGCGUCGCCGGCUGUAGCGUGGGGAAGAAGAAUGAAAUUCUCGAGCUCUCCCUCCCUCAGAAACUCUGUGCUAAAGGAAACCAGGGACUUUGUCCAGAGAGAGACUUCACGGUGAAAUGUGGUGGCUUCUCAGAUAGGCCCAUUUAUGAUUUGAAACACGUUGCAGGGACCAGCCUUUUGGUGAGCAGUGGACCCCCUGACACCUCACUACAGGUCUGGCGCUUGGCAACAGAUGAGAGCGAUGCCAUCACAUUGGUGAACACAGUCCAGAACCAGGCUGCAGGCGGCCAGUGGUCGAAAAUCUCUGUCGACUGCUCUCCGACCCCUCGGGUGCUUCAUGGUUCAAAGGUCAGCAACAUCACAAUCCAGGAGAUUGCAUCUCAGGAGGUGCUGUUUACUACAGGGACAGAUGAUUGUGAGCCAAUCAGUGAGCUGGAAUUUCUUGAUCAUUCCACUUUCUCAGUCUGCUGCCUGAAAGGUCAUCUGUGGUUGGCUGAUACCCGGCAACGCCCAAGCCUGAUUGGACGCUCUGAUGUGCCUGUGAACAGGGGAGAUGGCUGCCAUUGGACAAUGGGGUGGGCGCCAGGGCACUCGAAGGUGGCCAGGCUGUGCUCAGAUGGUCGAGUGGUGCUGAGCGAUUAUCGAGACCUGAGCAAGACUCUGAGCCUCACACAGUUAGUGAUUCCCGCUGCCGUUUCAAGCAAUGACUAUCUGAGCCUGACCUGGGCACCCUGUCUACAGGACCAUCUCGCAGUGUCUGGUUUUAAUGGGACAGUUCACGUUUAUAACACCAGCUCGUGGUUGGCAGGACCCAGCAGGGUGGAGCCGACCUUCAUCCACCGAGGCCACAGUGUCACUCCAGAGCCAAAGCAAGAGAUCCCACUGGUUACCAGACAUGCCUGGCACCCGUGGAAACAACGGGCACUGUUCUCGGCUGCAGACGACUGCUCCCUCCACGUCUGGGAUUGGGCGGAUUGUAACACAGCCUGAUAAUCAUGCUGCAGCUCCCAGCUUCAUCCCAACAUCGGUGCCUCGAUUUACGACUCCCCCACCAAACCCAUCGAGUCUCACUAGUUAGUGACUCUGCUACUGGUAUGUGUUCAGCCAGGGAUGAGAGUCAUAAAUCUGACUGGUUUUCAAUGUGUCUCCUGUAAUGGCCCAGCCUCUUCACAACAAAUCAUAACUCAAUAAGAAUGAAGCCCAGUCACCGUGUGAAUGACUGACCCCUCGAUAGUGUGGCCCUGUCACUGUGUGACUGUCUGACCCCUUGAUAAUGUGGCCCUGUCACUGUGUGACUGACUGACCCCUCAAUAAUGUGGCCCUGUCACUGUGUGACUGACC